AUGAGCCUGGCGAACUGGGUUCUGUGCUCUCUGAUGUCUGAGGAAGGGAGGGAGAGCGGCAACUACCGCAAGGAGCGACUAGAGGAAGAGGCUUGGCCAGGGUGUGGGCGUGGCUGGAGAAGGCUUUGGGGCGGGGCUACGCAGGCGGCAGGCGAGGAGCCCCGCGAGAAUAAGAGGCUGGGCGUCGGCUCCGGGUCCGCGGCUUCUCAGCGGCGGGCGCGGCUGCUGCAGAGCAUCUCUGCGACGCCCUUGCCUGGUAACCUCAUCUCCGUUCCUUUCUCCUACAUCUUCUUCCCCCUGGUCUCCUCUCGGGUCCCCCUUUUCCCAACGUCCCGAUCGCUCGGCCCGGCUCCAUCCCCAUCCCCAUCCCCGUCCCCGUCCCCGUCCCCGUUCGGGGAUGUUCUCCGCAGACCCGCGCCGUUGUUUCUGACGCUGUUCCUCUUUGCCUACAAGCUGUGCCGCUUCUUCAUGUCGGGCCCACGGCCGGGAGCCGAGUGGCUAGUGGCGCUGGGGCCGGACAUGAAGGGCGGCGAUAACCUAUGGUGUGCCGCGGGCGGCCACGGGGCCUACGAGGUGUCGCCUGGGUUGAGCACCAAGGUGCGGGGUGCCCUGGACAGCACCCUGCCCGAGAUGCAGCAGGCGCUGUCGGAGCUGAAGCAGGCCUGCAGCCCGCAGGCCUUGGGCACCUGCCUGGGUGAGAUCAUCCAGCUGGUAGGGGAGGCCUGGCUGCUGCCGGCCGUGGGCCGCGAGGUAGCCCAGCGUCUGUGCAACACCAUCCGCCUGGACGGCGGCCUCGACGUGCUGCUGCGGCUGCUGCAGGAGACGGAGCUGGAGACUCGGAUGCAGGCCGCACGCCUGCUGGAGCAGAUCCUGGUGGCUGAAAACCGGGACCGGGUGGCAAGCAUCGGGCUGGGCGUCAUCUUGAACCUGGCAAAGGAGCGUGAGCCGGUGGAGCUGGCGCGAAGCGUGGCAGGCAUCUUGGAGCACAUGUUCAAGCACUCGGAGGAGACGUGCCAGCGACUGGUGACAGAGGGCGGACUGGACGCGGUGCUGUACUGGUGCCGCCGCACGGACACAACGCUGCUCCGUCACUGCGCGCUGGCGCUGGCCAACUGCGCGCUGUACGGGGGCCAGGCGGUGCAGCGGAGCAUGGUGGAGAAGGGCACUGCUGAGUGGCUCUUCCCGCUUGCCUUCUCCAACGAGGACGAGCUGCUGCGGCUGCAUGCCUGCCUCGCUGUGGCGGUGCUGGCCACCAACAAGGAGGUGGAGCGCAAGGUUGAGCUCUCCGGCACGCUGGCGCUCGUGGAGCCGCUCGUGGCCUCGCUGGACCCCUGUCACUUCGCCCGCUGCCUGGUGGACGCCAGCGACACAAGCCAGGGCCGCGGUCCAGACGACCUGCAGCGCCUCCUGCAGCUGCUCGACUCGUCGCGCUUGGAGGUGCAGUGCAUCGGGGCUUUCUAUAUGUGUGUUGAAGUUGCCAUCAAGAACCUGCAGGGCAAGAACAAGGUAUUCAGCGACAUCGGCGCGGUCCAGAGCUUGAAACGCCUGGUUUCCUACUCCACCAAUGGCACCACCUCGGCUCUGGCCAAGCGCACAUUGCGCCUGCUGCGCGAAGAUGUGCCGCGGCGCAUCCUGCCCUGCGUGCCCAGCUGGAAGGAGGCUGAGGUCCAAAUGUGGCUGCAGCAGAUCGGCUUCUCUCAGUACUGCAGGCGUUUCUGUGAGCGGCAGGUAGAUGGCGACUUGCUUCUGCGCCUCACGGACGAGGAACUCCAGACCGACCUGGGCAUGAAAUCGAGCAUCAUCCGCAAGAGAUUCUUUAGGGAGCUCACGGAGCUCAAGACCUUCGCCAACUACGCUACGUGCGACCGCAGCAACCUGGCUGACUGGCUGGGCAGCCUGGACCCGCGCUUCCGUCAGUACACGUAUGGCCUGGUCAGCUGCGGCCUGGACCGCUCCCUGCUGCACCGCGUGUCAGAGGAGCAGCUCCUGGAGGACUGCGGGAUCCGCCUGGGCGUGCAUCGCGCCCGCAUCCUCACUGCCGCCAGAGCUCCCGAAGGGCUAGGGGAGACACAUUGCGGUGGGGCCUCAGAGCUUCACUGCAGAUUGAUUGAGCACGUGCUGUGCCAGACUACGUUCUGA